GGGUUACGCAACAGACCCUCUCAGUUUGGGACAGUUGCUGCCGUUCCCUCACACAGGCUGGGAUUAGCUCCGACUUUCCUGGGGCUGCUUAGAGUGCGAUUUGUUUCCCCCCCCCCCCCGAAGGUUUUGCGACGAUGUACCAAAGAAUCUGGUCGUGGAUGGUUUACAUCUUCGGGCUAACCAUGCAAGCCCUCUGGUACUGUGACUACAAUGACAAGGUGACAGCAGGAAGCCUCAACAAGACCCAGUAUUCUGGCAAGUGGUACUUCAUAAUGAUGGCGGCCGAUUCGGAGAGUUCCUUGCUCAAGUUUGGUGCUGUGGACAGCGCCAUCUUCCUCCUGACCCCGAUGCAGGACAAGGGGAAGCUUCUGCUACGGGGAGAGUUUCGACUCAGCGAUACGCUGAACUGUAUGCCUCGCCAGUGGACCUACCACAUCAGCAACAAGACAGAGGAGAUGAUCCUGGAGGGACGUCCAGGCCAAAAGACGGACAUCUUUGUGAAGGAUGGCAAUGAUUACAUUAUGCUGCUGGAGAUACAGGAUGAAGGAAUGGAAAAAUUCAAGAGGUUGAUGCUUUACGGGAGGUCCCCAUCUUUGACCGACGACAUGCGGCAGGAGGUGGAGCAUCGUGCCGACUGCCUGGACCUGACGGCCCUCCUCGUGCUGCAGCAAGCCCAGCCUCCGUGCGAGAUUUCCUGAGACGGUCUCUGGCCUUCGGUCGACCUCGGCCAACAAUACCACCCGAGGACAUCCCAAGCGAACAUCUUCAUCCAUGAUCGAUGCUCGGCCCCUUGUGGUGUGAAAGGCUCAUUAGCAUUCCCAUUCGUUAGUGAUUAGGUUUUACUGGACAAAUAAUUUAGGCUUGUUUUUAUUCGGGUACAGAUAUAUUAAAAAGAAGAGCAAAUUGAAAUUUCCCUUCAUGAGUGAUAGGAGCAGAAUCAGGCCAUUCGGCCCAUCUCGUCCACUCCGCCAUUCAAUCGCGGCUGAUCUAUCUCUCCCUCCUAACCCCAUUCUCCUGCCCUCUCCCCAUAACCCCUGACACCCGCACUAAUCAAGAGUCUGCCAUUUUGGUCAGGGAUGGCUUAUGUCAUUUGCUUAAACAAGAGGUCUUCGGACAUUAUUUCGACCUUUCCUUGCUUGCCGUGACAACAGUCCCGUCGCAGUGGCGCAGCGGUAGAGUUGCUGCCUCACAGCGCGGAGACCCGGGUUUGAUCCCGACUACGGGUGCUGUCUGUACGGAGUUUGCACGUUCUCCCCGUGACCUGCGUGGGUUUUUCUCCGAGAUCUCCUGUUUCCUCCCAC